AUGGCGUGCUUCAGGAACUUGGGUGCUAUUUUUGUUCUUGUUAUUGUUCUUUUAGAAGCUUCUUGUGAAGCUCGGGUUUUAAAAGUGGCUUCUUCUUCCAAUUCUUCUUCUUGUUCUUCAUCUUCACCGCCUGCUGGGUUUGUUCGAACCAACGGCACAGAGUUUGUGCUGAAUGGCUCUGCAUUUUUCUUCAAUGGCUUCAAUUCCUACUGGAUGAUGAAUGUAGCUGUUGAUUCUAAUCAAAGAUACAAAAUCUCAAAUGUGUUUAGAGAGGCUUCAUCUAUUGGACUCUCUGUGUGUCGAACUUGGGCGUUUAAUGAUGGUGGAUAUCAAGCUCUUCAAAUAUCACCUGGAGUAUAUGACGAGAACGUCUUCCAGGCACUGGAUUUUGUGGUAGCAGAAGCAGGAAAGUACAACGUGACGUUGAUAUUAAGUUUAGUGAACAAUUACCAUGACUUUGGAGGAAGACCUCAGUAUGUUCAAUGGGCUAAUAGUUCUGGCGCUCUCAAUGCUACUAAUGAUGACGAUUUCUAUACCAAUCCAGUCAUUAAGGGUUAUUACAAAAAUCAUGUCACGAAAGUGCUAACGAGGAACAACACAAUCACUAAAAUAGCUUACAAAGAUGAUCCCACAAUUAUGGCUUGGGAACUCAUCAAUGAACCAAGAUGCAAUGUUGACUAUUCAGGGAAUACCACAAAUGAUUGGGUGCAAGAGAUGGCUGGUUUUGUGAAAUCAAUUGACAACAAUCACUUGUUGGAGGUUGGCAUGGAAGGAUUUUACGGGGACUCAAUUCCAGACAGGAAACAAUACAAUCCGGGUUAUCAAGUUGGAACUGAUUUCAUCAGAUCCAAUCUCAUUGACCAGAUUGACUUUGCCACCAUCCAUGCAUAUCCUGAUAAUUGGUUAUCAGGACAAAACAACACUGAUCAAAUGACGUUCAUGCAAAGAUACAUGAUAAGUCAUUGGAACGACACAAGAACAAUCAUAAAGAAGCCAUUGGUGAUGACAGAAUUCGGAAAGUCUAAGAAAGAUGCGGGCUUUAAUAUCAGUGUUCGAGAUUCCUGCAUGAAUGAUGUCUACUCAAGAAUCUACGACAUGGCCAGAAAAGGAGGAACUUUUGCAGGUGGAAUGGUUUGGCAACUUGUGGAUGAAGACAUGGAUUCCUUCUCUGAUGGCUAUGAGAUUGUUUUGUCCCAAGACAAUUCUACAAGCAGUGUUAUUAGUGAACAAUCCUCUAGAAUGAUUGAGCUUAAUAGUAUUCACUAUUGA